AUGAAAAUCCAAAUAAAGUGGCUUCUCACCGGAAAAACCUCUACGAUUGAGGAGUUAGAUGAGCUGCUAAACCCGAGGACGACUAUCCUGGAGGUGAAGGGACUUAUUCAGCUUCGUUUUGGAUUUCUGCCAAGGGAAGUAGUUCUUACCAAUCGUCACCUCCUUGAAAACUACAUGACUCUGGAGGAGGCGGGGUGUGUCGGGAAGGAGGAUGAUCCUGUCCUUGGUGCCCACGUGGUUCGUCGAUUGGAGGAAGAUGAGGAAGGGGACUGCAACUCUGUCGGGAACGACGGCCUGGAGGAGUUCUCUCAUGAGGAUUUCAUAGUAGGCAUGCGAAUGCUCGGAAAAGAUGUCCCUGUCUCGGUGGUUCGUCUUCAAGAAGUUCGCGAGCGCCCACCGCGGGCACGCCCUACGUUUCUGGAUGCAUCCCCCUUGCCGUCUUCGGCAGCAGGAGGAGCGGGAGACAUCCCUCCGCCGCCACCAGGGAUGCCGGGCGCCGGCGCGGUGCAGAGGUACGACCCCAGCAUAACGGAGGUGUAUCGGAUAUUCAAGGACGUACGGCACGGUGUGCGCCGCGAUGGCUGUGACGUGGAUUUUGCCAUCCACUACCCGGGCAUCCAGGAGGCGUUUCCGUAUUGGGACGCGCGUCUGCCGGAUUCGUACCGCUACCCAGCGAUUCCAUGCGGUGUUGGAGAGGUCUGCUUGGUGCUCUUCUACCUGGGAGAGUUUUCGGUAAUCGAGGACACGGAGAAGUUCUGUGCGCUGCUUCGACAGAGUUUGGUAGAGAAGUGUGGAAUAAACGUGUCAACACCGCUUCCGAUGCACGAGGCUGGCUGUAUCUAUCCACUCAUGGGGUGCCCGAUUGUACUCACAGAGACAGAUGCCAUGACGCUGGGGGAAGCCCUAUUUGAAGACUUUGGGAAGAAGCCAUCAACUUUGCAGACACGUUCGUCUCGCGAUGUUGAUGUCGCAGGUGGUGGUGGGCUGUGUAGGCCGCAGUGA